AUGAAGGAUGAGGACUACGAGGCAGAUCCCUGGCUCUUCAACAUUUCCACUGAUAACAGUCAGGAGCACGAACACUUUGUAAAGUUCAAGGAGGUCUUUCUUCCCUGCAUGUACCUGGUGGUGUUUAUUUUUGGACUGGUAGGAAACUCCCUGGUUCUAAUUAUAUACAUUUUCUACCAGAAGCUGAGGAGCCUGACAGAUGUGUUCCUGAUGAACUUGCCUCUGGCUGACCUGGUAUUUGUCUGUACUCUGCCCUUUUGGGCCUACGCAGGCACCUAUGAGUGGGUCUUUGGCACUGUCAUGUGCAAAACUCUUCAAGGCAUGUAUACAGUGAACUUCUAUGUGUCCAUGCUCACUCUCACCUGCAUCACAGUGGAUCGUUUCAUUGUAGUGGUCCAGGCUACCAAAGUCUUUAAUCAGCAGGCUAAGUGGAAGAUCUGGGGCCAGAUCACUUGCUUGCUCAUUUGGGUGGUCUCCCUGUUGGUCUCUUUGCCACAGAUCAUCUAUGGUAAUGUUGAACAUUUGGACAAGCUUAUCUGUCAGUACCACAAUGAGGCAAUUUCCACUGUGGUUCUUGCCACACAGAUGUCUCUGGGGUUCUUCUUGCCAUUGUUCACUAUGAUUAUGUGCUACUCAAGCAUUAUCAAGACCUUGCUUCAUGCUCGAGGCUUCCAGAAGCACAAAUCUCUAAAGAUCAUCUUCGUUGUUGUGGCUGUGUUCCUGCUGACACAGACACCCUUCAAUCUUGCCAUGUUAAUCAGGAGCACAAGCUGGGAGCACUAUGCCAUGACCAGCUUCCAGUAUGCCAUCCUAGUGACAGAGGCUAUAGCAUACUUUCGGGCCUGCCUAAACCCUGUACUUUAUGCCUUUGUUGGCUUAAAGUUCCGGAAGAACCUCUGGAAACUUGCGAAGGACAUUGGCUGCCUUCCUUACUUGGGGGUUUCAAGUCAGGGGAAGUCUUCUGAGGACAGUUCCAAGACUUGUUCUGCCUCCCACAAUGUAGAGACCACCAGUAUGUUCCAAUUGUAG